AUGCGCGUGAAUCAAACACGUAAGGGUGAAACAUAUUUGGAACACAAAAUUGAGCUCCUAGGGAAUGAUGGAAAAAUUCAAAAACGUGACCUUACGUUACUGCAACCAAAAAGAAUGCAUUUGCAGCCAGCUGAAAGUGAUAAAAAAUACAAUCGACCAAAAUGUAAGUUAACUUUAUAUGCUUCUGAUGGAUAUUUACUCCUGAUUAGAAUGAUGAAGAUUAUGCCGGAAGAUAAAAAUAUCGCUAUGAACAUUGUGCACGAAGAAACUCGAAUUUAUGAUAGUGAUAAUGUCAAUAUCAAUAGAGUACCGGAAGCUACCAGUACUACGAGAAAGACAAGGAAAACAAAAGCGAUCCAGAAAUUUUGUGAUCCAACUUAUGCAAAAUGCUAUAAUAGGACAAUACUAGCAAAAGACGCGAAUUACAAAAUGAUUGAUUUGAUCGAAUUAAGAUGCAAGGAGAGUAGCAAAGAGCCAAAUAAAAAAUUAAUUGCAACCUCUAAUGGUCACCACAACAAAAAAGACAUGAAAUCAGCUGAAACUAAAAAUUGCGACUUCAAACAAUUAGUUGGUUAUGGUGAAGGAUUAUUAACCAUUGAAACUAUUUUGGAUUUAUUAGCAGUGACGAAAUUAAAGGUUUUAGUUAUAGCCUAA